AUGGAGGCUGUGGUGAAUCGACCUGCCCGUCCACACUCCCAAAGCUGCUCUGAGAACACCCUGAAGUUUAUUUGUGAGUUUCAGUCUGGCGACGAGGAUCAGAAUAUCAGUAUCGGCUAUGAGUCGGUGUCAGUCAUCCUCCCUGCACAGUGCAGCGUCUACCAGCUGAGGCUACACAUCUGUAUGCAGGCACAGGAACAAAACUGCCAUCCAGACCCUUUUGCGAUACUGGACCCUGAGAAAUACACGCUGCUGUAUGCCAGAGGUGGUGACUGGUAUGAAGCGUACGACGACUGUCAGGUUAUCAGGACAUUAGACAUUCCAUGGUCACAUGAUGACCCUCAUUGCCUAACAGCACGCAUAUUGGUUAAACCACCUGUGGCAGUUGAUCCAGAGGAGAAGGAGAAACAACGGCAGUGCCUGACUUAUCUGAUUGGACACGACCUCGAGAAAGAAGCAUCAGAUCGACUUGGUGAACUCACCUUCACCCGUAGGAAACUGGCAGCUCCUAGAAAACAAGAGCUGAAGAAUCGGGAUAACAAGCUGUAUGCCACAGAGCCUUGGAUAACAUAUGCCUCCUUACCAGAUGACCUACAAGAAUGGCUGAGCAGAGACUUGCCUGUCACCUUCCACUACAUGAGCAGGAUCAGCUUCAGCAUGAAGGCUGAGCUUAGCACAACACCAGAACUCCUUCUUCAAGUCUUUGAAAGGGUGGCGAAGGCCCAAGGAGUUAAAUGUGAGAGUUUUGAUGAUCUUGUGUUGAAAGUUACAGGGAGGGAGGCGUUUUUAUCUGGAGACUACACUCUGUGUGAUUUCCUCUGGGUUCGACAGUGUUUGAGAACCAACCAAGAGCUCCAUCUCUCUGUUGUCCCUAUGUCGCAGCUUGCCUCAGAGGCUGUCAAAUUUGUGGACUGGCCACUUGUUGAUGGUUUCAGUGGCCAGUUCAGUUCUCACGAUGAUCUCAGACUCGAAGGGAAGGAUUUGGAUGACAUCUUCAUGAUAUCUUUGUGGGACUGCAGAAGAAAUUUCAGAGUCAAAUUGCUUGGUAUUGACAUCCCGCAGCUUCCAAGCAAAUGCCCUCAGUCUGUUUAUGUUGAAGCAUCCAUACUCUAUGGUAACAAGGUCCUCUCUUCAGUGUGCUCCUUCCCCAAGGCCUUUGAAGAUGAAGUGCUGUGGAAUGAGUGGUUGGACUUUGAUUUUCUCCUUAGGGAUCUGCCACGUGGAGCUAAGCUGGGUCUCACUAUUAAUGAAAGUCCUAGUGAUAUGUCUCCAAUAACAAAGGACUCAAGGCCAUCAGUGAACAAAGACACAAAAGCUUCGUUCCAAAAGCCAACAUCACCUUCAGUCAACAAAAUACCAGACACGCAGAAAGGGAAAGGAAAGGUGCUCUACUUUGUCAACCUUCUCCUCAUAGAUCACAGGUCCGUUCUGAGCCAGGGCCCCCACACACUGCACAUGUGGUCCCACCCUGGCCUGGAUGAUGAGGCCAUCACUUACCAGGCAGACAAGCUGUCAUCUGCUACAAACCCAGACAUAGCUGACUCCAUGGCUAUCAGCUUCCUUCUUGAUCGCUACAGCUUCCCUGUGGUCGUCCCAAAUACCAUCAGCCACUCUGAAUGUUCUGACAGUCCCACCCCCACCAAAUCUGAGCCUCAAGAAUCUUGUAGAACUGUUCCCCCACCCUUGCCUAUCAAAAAAUCGUAUUUGCAAGCAAAAUUGCCUGAAACUGUAACUCUUAGAUCCCCGUCUCCAACCAGCGAUACCAGAACGGCAGGUCUCAGAAGGUUUCGAGAGGAGAGCAUCCGCUAUUCCUCCAGUCUCCCCCACUACCUGCGCAGUGUUGACUGGAUGAGCCGCAGAGUGGUUGAAGAUGUGCACUGGCUACUGGGAAACUGGAAUCCUGAGGAACUGGAUUUAACAGUGGCCCUGGAGCUACUAAGCAUGGAUUAUGCUGAUGAGAUUGCCAGGCGACUGGCGGUCCAGAGACUGGAGAGCCUGUCCAAUGAUGAUGUGCUGAAGUAUUUGCUUCAGCUGGUGCAGACCCUAAAAGUGGAACCUUAUCAUGACAGUUUCCUCGCUCGGUUCCUCAUCCAAAGAGCACUGCGGAGCAAAAGAAUCGGACACUUCUUCUUCUGGUACGUCCGCAGUGAGGUAGCAGGGUGUCCGUACUUCCAACAGCGCAUGGCUGUGAUCCUGGAGGCCUACCUGCUGGGCUGUGGUCAGGCCAUGCUCGACAGCUUCACCCAGCAGGUCCAGGCUGUGGAGGCCCUACGAGAUGCCGCUGUCGCCAUUAAAAGCUUGUACCCUGACAAGACUAACCUUGAUUCUACAACUCCCCUCAAGCUUCAGGAACUCCUUAGAAGCAGUAACCUGCCAGAUGAAUUCCUGCUGCCCUUUGACCCUCGCAUUAAAUGUGGAAGUAUCCUGCUGGAUAAAUGCAAAGUAAUGGCCUCAAAGAAGAAGCCUCUGUGGCUGGAGUUCUCUCCCAUGCCAUCGCCUACAUGUGCAACACCUGUUGGAAUAAUCUUCAAAGAGGGCGACGACCUUAGACAGGACAUGCUGAUCAUUCAGAUGCUGGUGCUGAUGGACUCCAUCUGGCAGGAGAAAUCGCUGGACCUCAAUCUAAUUCCAUAUGGCUGCAUUUCCACAGGGCAAAACAUAGGUAUGAUUGAGAUUGUGAGGAAUGCAACGACAAUCGCUGCAGUCCAGAGGAGUCUAGGUGGAACAACAGGAGCCUUCAAAAACAACGUUCUGUUUGAGUGGCUCAAGUCCAAGUGUCCACUCCAGGAAAUUCACUUCAAGACUGUGGACAGGUUUGUGAAGUCCUGCGCCGGUUACUGUGUGGCCACUUAUGUACUGGGUAUAGGCGAUCGACACAAUGACAACAUCAUGAUCACAGAGGAUGGGAACUUGUUUCACAUUGACUUCGGACACAUCCUGGGUAACAGGAAGCGGUUUCUUGGCGUGAGCAGGGAGCGUGCACCUUUUGUUCUCACACCUGACUUCCUGUAUGUCAUGGGCAGGGUCAGUGGUCACAACAGGCUCUACUAUCAGUGGUUUAAGGACAUUUGCAUAAAAGCAUACCUGUCCCUGCGCGCCCACUCGCAUCUGUUGGUGACUCUUUUCUCCCUCAUGCUGCUCACUGGUAUCCCAGAACUCAGUGCUGCAGAGGACAUGCGCUACUUGCGUGUGGCACUCCAGGAGGAGCAGUCUGAGGCAGACGCCAGGGAGCACUUUCUCCAGCAAAUCUCUGAGUGUGAGAAGCUGGGAUGGAGCGUGCAGUUCAACUUCUGGAUCCAUGAAAAUUUCGGCAUCAAAUAGACCAUUGCAUUCUGCUCUGCCUUGAAAUGAAGGAAGUGAAAGUGUUUCCUUGGAAGGUUUUUAAUAUUACAGCAUGUGUAUUUCUUAUGUUUAUGUAAUAGCUAUGACUACCUGCUGUUUUUACAGGCAGUUAGAUGAUGGAAAACUGUCAUGUAUCA